CGCCGCCUGUGCCCUCCCCUCCCCGGCUGCACCGCCACGUCAGGCCUAUGCAGGUCCGGUCUGAUCAGUGCCGGCGGCGCAGCACAACCCUUUCCUUCCAGGCUGUAGGCGGCAGCUGUGCGGCGGCUGCAGGAUGGAGAGCCUAUACCGAAUCCCGUUCACGGUGCUGGAAUGCCCGAACCUCAAGCUGAAGAAGCCGUCCUGGCUGCAUAUGCCCUCCGCCAUGACGGUGUACGCAAUGGUAGUGGUCUCUUACUUUCUCAUCACUGGAGGGAUCAUUUAUGAUGUCAUUGUGGAGCCACCCAGCGUUGGCUCAAUGACGGAUGAACAUGGACACCAGAGACCGGUAGCCUUUCUGGCCUAUAGGGUGAAUGGUCAAUAUAUCAUGGAGGGCCUGGCAUCAAGCUUUCUUUUUACAAUGGGUGGUUUAGGAUUCAUAAUCCUGGAUCGAUCUAAUGCACCAAAUAUCCCCAAGUUGAACAGAUUCUUGCUGCUUUUCAUUGGAUUUGUCUGUGUCCUGCUCAGUUUCUUCAUGGCCAGAGUUUUCAUGAGGAUGAAGCUGCCCGGAUACCUUAUGGGCUGAUUGUCACAUACUGACAGCACUUUACAUUCGCAGUUUUUCAGAAGUAAUAAUGAAAUGGAAAAUAGUGUUCACACUGAAGAUGUCGUAAUUGUGUUAGAGACAAGAAAAAGUGAAUUUCCUGAAGGACCCUGUUUGCCAAUAGUAAAAUAUUUUUGUAUAUUUUUUUUUUUUCUUCAAAAUUAGUUGUUUGUUUUUUUCUUUUCCUCCUCCCUCCCUUUUUACUGCUUAUGUCCUUAUUUGGUUCAAAAUAAAACUUUUUUUUUUUUUUAAA